AUGACAUUGACAAAGCAACCAUCAACACGAAUGGUUGUCUUUGAAAAUAUCGUGUUUAAAAAUGACAAUGGUUGUAUUAAUGAUAAUAGUGUAAUUUUCGUUGAAUCAUCAAUAAAAAAUCAAGAAAAACAAAAUAUACAACGACCAAAUGUAUUAAUACGUUUAUCAAAAAAAAUUUCAAAUAUAUCUAAAACAAAAAUUCCAAUUGAAAAUUUUCCACCACCUAUAUCUUCAUUAACACAAUCACCAUCACUACCACCAACAUCAUGUAUUUCACCACCAUCAUCACCAUUUGAAAGACAAAAUUCAUCAGAAUCUGAUUUAAGUUUAUCAAAAUUAGAUAUAAUUGAUGAUUAUUCUGGUAUUCAACGAAUUAAUACAUUAGAAAAAAUAACAGAUUUAAAUAAUAAUAAAAGAAAAUUAUCAUUUCCAACUAGUCAACGUUUAACAGAAUCAUUUCAAAAUUUUUAUUCACGUUUUUCAUUUAAACGUUCAACAAUUAAAAUAAAUUCAUCAUCAAAUACAAUAGCACAAAAUGCAUCAUCAUCAACAAUUGAUAAACAUGAUACAACAACAAAGAAAAUUGAACAUUAUAUUCGAUUACAACUUUCAUUUCAAUAUAAUAUUCAUCGAAGAGAAUUUAUUGUUAUUGUACAUGAUGCUAGAGAUUUAAUUAUACAACAAGGAUCAUUUGCUUGUCAAUUAUCUAUUCAAUAUGGACGAGAUUCAUUAUCUAAAGAACAAAAAUGUACAAAACCUCAAACAUGUUCAUCUGGUAUAUGUACAUGGAAUCAACGUAUAAUAUUUUUUGAUAUUGAUACACUUGAUAAUUUAUCUUUAUGGAUUAAAUUAAUUGAUCUUGAUCGUAAUCAAGAAAUACUUGGCGAAAUAUAUAUUUCAUUAAAUGAUAAAAAAUUAAAUCUUAAUGGACAACCAGAAUGGUAUAAUUUAAUAUCAAAAUAUUCAUUAUUACAAACAAAAAAUUUUCAAUUAAAUGAUAGUGAUACAUCUGAAAUAGAACAACAUGAACCAUCAUUCAAUCGAAUACUUCCAACAAUCAAUGCCAAUAAUGAAAUAUUACCAACAAUGAUUGACACUAUAACAACAAGUAAUCGUAAAAGACAAUUGCCAAAUAUUCCAGCAGCUCAAUUACAUGCAAAUAGAGAAAAAGUUUCUCAAGAUUUAAUACAAAAAGCUACACAAUUAAAAUUACGUCUUCAUAUGCAACAACAACAACAACAACAACGUACAUUAAAUGAAACAAAUAUAAAUGAAAAACGACAAAUGUAUGAAGAUCGUAUACAAAUAUUUAAUAAUGAAUCUAAUCGUCCAAUAAAUAAAAUAUCUACAAUAUCUUCUCAACGUUCAUCAUUUCAAUCAAGUAAAUCAAUUGAUACUGAUUCACCACAUAUUCAUCAAACAUCAAUAUCAAUAAAACCAUAUGAUUCAAUGACAAAUUUAACAGAAAAACCAUCAUCAACAACAACAACAACAACAACAAUAAAUUCAGGUUUAUUAAAAGAAAAAACACCUUCACGACCACGAAUACCAAUUAUACGAGAUAAGAGUGCACCUAAUCCACCAUAUCUUAAUCCAUCAUUAACAAGACGUACAACAACAACAACAUCAGGACAAUCUCGAUUAGAUAUGGAAAAAGCAAAAUUAAAAUCUUUUGAAGAAAGAUAUAGAAAAAAUAUUAAAAAAAGAGAUUCAUCUGAAACUCCUGGUGAUGAUGUAGAUUCUGAUGGAUCAGAAUUAUCAACUGUUUCAAAAAUAAGUUCAGUUAGUAUGUUAUCAACACAAUCAGAACGACCACGAAAUACUCGAAAACUAGGUACACAUACACGUUCUAAUGAUCAUCAUCAUCAACAUAAUUUUCAUCGUAAUGAAGUUGUACAAUUAAAUGAAGAAGAACUUCGACAAAUGGCUAUGCGUACACAUGAUACAAUAACAACAACUCAAACAACACCAUCAACAAUAACAACAACAGCAAAUACAAAAAAUGAUCCAAAUACACAAAUAUCUACAUCAUCAUCAACUCCUAUUGAUAAACGUAUUAAUACAUCUGUCACAAAUAAAUCUGAUCUACGUAAUGAUGGUACAUUAUCAGAUUCUGUUUUGAGUACACAACCUGAAUCAAAUAAAAAACGACGACCAUCAAUGUCAUCAAAAGCACUUGUCAUACUUGGUUUAUCAAAAAAAACAAAUAGUGCAUCUAAUCUUGGUUAUGGAAAACGUUUUGGUUUUCAACGAAGUGAAGAAAUUGGUGUUCAACCUCAUUUACGUAGUAGAAUACAACGACAAACUAGUAAAGAAAAUGAAACACCAGCGAGUGCUCCACCAUCAGAUUCAUCUCAAUCACCACUUACUUUAUCUCGUCAACGUGAUCAAUAUCAUUCAAUGCCACAUGAUAUGAAAUUAUGGUCUGGAGGACUUAAACUACCACAUGAACAUCAAUUUGCUGAAUUUAUUGAAGGUUUAGGUACAGGACAAUUAGUUGGUCGACAAGUUCUUGCAUCUCCAUGUCAUGGUGAAAUACAAGUUGGUUUACGUGAUCAACAUACUUUACUUGAAGUUGAAAUAGUACGAGCAAGAAAUUUACUUCAAAAAGCUUUAUAUAAAAUGCCACCGGCUCCUUAUGUAAAAGUUUAUUUACUUGAUGGUAAAACUUGUCUUGAAAAACAACGUACACGAACAACUCGUCGUACACUUGAUCCAUUAAUACAACAAACACUUAUAUUUAAAGAAAAUUAUCGAGAAAAAGUUUUACAAAUAAGUGUUUGGGGUGAUUAUGGAAAAUUAGAUAGGAAAGUAUUUAUGGGUGUAUGUCAAAUAAAUUUAGAAGAACUUCACUUAAAUUCUUCUGCUCAAGUACUUGAUUGGUAUAAAUUAUUUUCUGCAAAUUCACUAAUGAAUAAUUAUACGAUUGUACAACAAUCACCAAAAGGAAAAACUUCUCUAACAACAACAGAAUCACAUAAUUCAUUUAAAAAUAAUUCCAGAUCUUGA